GGCGCGUGAGUCCUCUCACUCUCAUUCCAGGACAGCCAAGGGCAUCAAAGCAAGGUGAGUCCCUCUGUCCCACCCAUAGAACCACAGCACCAGCCUGAUCAUCCACUCAGCAAGCCAGGCAGGCAGGCAGGUUGAGCAGGGCAGAGUACCCAGGGUAGGGUAGCAGGCCCCAUACUGACUUGGUCUGUCCCCCACCACUUCACGCCGCAGCCAAGCAGGCCCAGGGGCCUAACUCUGGGCGGUGGGAACAGGGACCAGGGGCCGACAUAGGAUGGACAGAGAAAGAGAGAUGGAGUGAGGAGAAAAAAUGGGAAAAAGAGACAUAGAGGAGUAUCCUGGAUAUGGCCCCUGGCCAGUUGGAUUUUCCUCAUUCUAAUCGGGGAUCUGUAAAUAGCUGCUGAUUUUUUCAAUCCAACCUCACACAAUGGUCCUGCUGUCCAGGCCAGUUGCUCCACAGCUUAUGCUUUUAGGCUCGCUGGGAUACUAGCCUCACAGGCGUUUCAGCCCCGACCAACACAUAGUUAAAUCAAGCCUUUUAACCCUGCAUACAAAGCUAAACCAGCCUUCUCACAUUCUAGAGCAUUGGAGCUGUAUGGGCCUUUUCAGUACAAAAGCAGGCCAUGUAGCGUAGCAUAGCGUAGCGUAUCAUAGCGUAGCUGCGGUCGUAGAGUAUGAAUAGUUUAUACACAUGGAUGGAGUCCUGCUGUGCUAACCUGCCACUGGAAACUAUUCUGGGGUUUGGAGCACAAUGCUGCUCCAUUUUCUCCCUCCACCAGCUAUUUCAUUUGUUUUGUGUUUUAUUUUCACCCAUAUAUUUGUUUGAUGCUCAGUAUUUUUGAUAUGGGCUAACUUUGUUUCCAAACUUUGUUGUGUGUCUGGGGUAUGUGUGUUUUAAUAAUGUGAGAAGAAAGAGUGUGUGUGUUUGUGUGUGUGUGUGAGGGAGUGAGAGUGUGUGUAUAAUGUGAGUAUGAAUGUGUGGGAAAGAAACUCUCUGCAGUCUAACUAGCAUCACGAGUUGUACAUUGCACAAAUGUAACAUUCUGCGCUUAGUAAAACUACAAUUGUUUAUAACAGUCCUGCUAUCUGUCCUCUCUCAUUCCAGACAAGAUGACUCACCAUUGCACCAAGUUCUCCGGCCACUGGAAGGUAUGUGAAACUGAUUAACUGAGUGUGUGGAUGACAGCACAGCUCAAUGCAUUAUCUAAAGGUCUGCUUUGGCCCUGUUUCAAUACUUUUACAAUUCAUCCUUUCUUGCAGUAGUCAAUGAUCUGAAAGCAAUGUAGUGUACUUCCACCUAUCCAGCCAUGUCAGAUCAGUGAUUACCCCAAGGAAGGAAGAGGAGGAGGAAGGAUGGAUUUGUAAAGUAUUUGAGCAUGGCCUGCCUGUGUGUCCAGGAAAGCUCUUUAACAGAGGGCUCUGUGAGAAACAGGCUGAGCUCAGGACACACCGUUUAUCACAGGAGCCUGUUCUGUCAUAACAGCAGGCUCGGGUCUAGACACACUAUUUCUGUUCCCGCUGAACAGUUUACACACUGCCCAAAUUUAGACAAAACAGACCACAUUGCAUUACCAUAGUCUCAUACGAUUGGUCCAUUUAUCCAGGUUCAUGUAACUGUCAUUAGAACCGAAUUGACCGAUAGCACAGCUCUAAAGAGGGAGUUAUAGAGACAAUUAUGGCUGCACACAAACCUCAGCUUUAACCUGUCCCGGUAAAUAGAUAGAUACAGUAUGUAACUCUCAUGUGUCUCUCUCUCUGCCCCUCUCAGAUCAUUGUCUUCGACGAGGAGUGCUUCCAGGGCCGUCGCCAUGAGUUCACCUCCGAGUGCUGCAAUGUGAUGGAGUUCGGUUUCGAGACUGUGCGCUCCCUCAGGAUUGAGAGUGGAGCGUGAGUACUCAUACACACACACACAAAUCCACAUACACAUGCAGACACACUCACACAGACCUAGCACUGUAUGGUUUCAGACUUUAGAACUAUUGCUCACAGAAGCCGAGGGAAAAUGAUGAUCUCUACGGAAUCUCUGUCCCUCUCCCUCUCUCACUCCCUGUCCCUCUCCCUCUCUCCUAUAGUUGGGUUGGCUAUGAGCAUGCUUCCUACCAGGGCCAGCAGUUUGUGCUGGAGAGAGGAGAGUACCCCCAGUGCGACGCCUUCGGAGGUAGCAACGCCUACCACAUAGAGAGGAUGACCUCCUUCAGGCCCAUUGCCUGCGCUGUGAGUAACCCAACCACCACCCCCUCUCUCUCUCACUCUAUUCCUAUCUCUUUCUACCGCUAUCUAUUGUACACUCUUCCUCUUGACUGACAUCCUCUCCAACCGUCCUCUCCCCUCCAGAACCACAGGGAGUGCCGUAUGACCAUCUAUGAGCGCGAGAACUUCCUGGGUCGUAAGGGCGAGCUGAGCGACGACUACCCCUCCCUUCAGGCCAUGGGCUGGUGCAACAACGAGGUCGGCUCCCUCAGGAUCCAGUCUGGAGCGUGAGUAGCCAGCCCUUAACAAAGUCAACCUCCCUCUCACUCUCUCUAAAAAUCACAUGUUAUUCAUCACGUGCUUCGUAAACAACAGGUGUAGACUAGCAGUGAAAUGCUUACUUACUGGCCCUUCCCAACAAUGCAGAGAGAAAGAAAAUAGAGAAAUAAUAGAAAAGUAAACACGUAAUACUACACUCACUCUCGAGCUCUCACUCCAAUCUGCCUCUCUCUCUUACAUUCUCUAUGAAUCUCUCUCAUCCUCUCUCCAAUUUCAUUUUUUACUACUCCCCUAGCCUCAUAGUAGCCAUUACCGCCAACUGACUCUGAAAUCUCUCUGUCUCUCUACCUAACAGUUUUGUGUGCUACCAGUACCCCGGAUACCGUGGCUACCAGUACAUCAUGGAAUGUGACCGUCACUGCGGCGAGUACAAGCACUUCAGGGAGUUCGGCUCCCACUCCCAGACCCCUCAGAUCCAGUCCAUCCGCCGCAUUCAGCAGUAACCUCACCCCUGUUACCCAAAGCUUAUCCCCACUGCUACCCAAUGCUGAAUAAACUGUCUUUCUAAAACAUCA